AUGAAUUCUGGGAUAUUAGGUAGAGUCCCGCGGCUGAUUGUGUGGUUGUUAGCGGCGUCAGCUGUCGCAGUGAUUGUUGUGAACAUUUUCCUGUACCGGUAUGUGGACUACAGGCUGGUGUUAAACCAGCGAGACAACACACAGGAUCUACAGGUUCACACCAACCAAUCGAUGUUAGGCAGUAGUGACGUUUUGUUACAGAGUAAUGAGGAUUUGUUACGCAGUAGUCAGGUGAUGUUACGAAGUAAGGAGGUGGAGUUACAGAACGGUGAAGUGACAAGAGAACGUGAGCGUUUUCAUGCAAGGGAGAUCAACGCUUCGGCCAACACCACAAUAGAGAACACAUGUAUAACCAAGAUAACUCUAACUGAGUUCUGGGCGGGCAGCAAGACCGGCAACUCUCUCAUCGACGAGUACGGGAAUAACAACGUGUCGGUGGAUGGUGAGAUGGGAGGGGAGGUCAAGGUCAAGCCGCAGGAGAAGGCAGAGGUCAAGAGUGCGAUGGAGGAAUACCAUGUCAACACGAUAGCCAGUGAUAGGAUUCCUCUCAACCGUUUAGUUCCAGACUCGCGGCCUGCCGGUUGCCAGAAUGUCAAGUACGCCACAGAAAAUCUGCCCACUGUGUCUGUCAUCAUCCCAUUCCACAACGAGUGGCCGUCCUUGUUGCUGCGUACUGUAUACAGCGUCAUCAACCGGUCUCCUAGACACAGCAUCAGAGAGAUCCUGUUGGUAGAUGACGGCAGCACUCUAGAUGAACUGAAGGACGAACUGGAACGAUACAUCUGUCAGCAUUUCCCAGCGGGUCUAGUAAAGGUAGUGCGCAUGUCUGAACGUGGAGGUCUUAUAAAAGCACGCAUGCGCGGCUGUAAGGAGUCCAAGGGUGAAGUUCUGGUGUUUUUUGAUAGUCACGUGGAAGUUAACAUAGGCUGGCUCCAGCCGCUGCUCUCAGAGAUAACCAAAGACAGGCGUGUGGUGGCGAUGUCCACACUGGACUACAUCCACAAGGAGACCUUCAAGUACAGGUACACCAGCGACGUGUACUACGGCUGGGACUGGUCACUGCUGUUUUUUGAGAGGAAGUUCCGGGCUGACCAGACUGCAGGGGACUUAACUCGGCCAGUAAACGGCGUCACCAUGGUCGGGUCGUGUUUUGCUGUAGACAAGCGAUACUUUCUGGAGCUGGGUGGGUAUGACGACAGGAUGUUGGUCUGGGGCGGAGAGAACUUUGAAAUGACCUGGAGGGUGUGGAUGUGUGGAGGGAGACUCCUGCAUGCUCCCUGUUCUAGAGUAGGUCACGUGGCACGAGGACAGCCGUACACGUUCCCAGGUGGAAGAACACAAAUAGAACAUUACAACUACAAGAGGGCAGCCCUCGUCUGGAUGGGCAACUACACCAGGUUUCUAUACAGCAUUUAUCCUGAUAUGAAGACAUUAGAUGUUGGUGACGUAAGUGAGAGACUGGCCCUGAAAACAAAACUUGGAUGUAAAGAUUUUAGUUGGUAUCUUCAGAACAUUUGGCCAGAGUUGAAUGUCUAUGAUGAGAACGCUACACUAUGGGGACAGGUUGGAAACCUUUUCUUGUAG